AACAAAGCCCCAGAGAGUAGCAGCAACCAACAGGUCUGCCGCAGAACCAAACCCCCUGAAUCCAAGCCGAGGAAAACAGAGGAGACAGCGUGGCGUGUGCGUGGGUCAGCAUAGCACAGCACAGCACACAGGACCCACGCCAGCAUAGGAUAUACUGUACACCACCACCAGCACAACACCCGGCACGCGAGCGAGCCGGGCAUUCAAAAUCUCGCCACCUCCCCAACCCCAAGAACCCAAAACCAAACGCAUCUAUCCACGCCGGCCGCCUCCCCACCUCCGAGUCCGUCCGACGGAAUCGAAUCCACCACCGCGUCGCCAUCUUGCCCUCUCGCCGCAAUCAAAACCUUCCUUUCCUUCCCUGUCUGCCGCCAGGAUCACAACCCCGAACCAACCCCAAUCUCCACCUUUCUUUCCUUUCUUGGCCGCCGCCGCCGCCCGCCAUGGUGCACUGCAAGCAGCCGCGCAGGAGGCCCCAAGAUGCCGCCGCCGUCCCCGGGACGGCCGGUCGCGCGCGCGCCGGGGGCGGGGCCGCGCCCGCGGCGUCGGACCCCGGGUACAUGAGGCCGACCAGCAGCUCCGGCGCCAGGGCCGGCCGGGAGGUUGCAUCUGCGGCUGUUUCGGCGGCCUCCGCUCCCGCCGCGCAGCCGGUGGGGGCCAAGGCGGCGGCCCUCGUUGCGAGUACGCCGCGCGCGGCCAGGGCCACGUGCUCCUCCGCGCAGAAGAGCGCCCGCGGAGGCGGGGCCGGCGGGUGCGGCGGCGAGGGGCACCGCGCGUGCCGGUACGCCUACUGCACCUUCAAGGGCCACGCGCCCGCGGCGCCGCCGCUGGGGGCCUUCCUGGCGUCCCGGAGGCGCCUCAUCAAGACGGAGCAGAGCAUGAAGCACCGGGGCGUCUCCGCCUUCCGCGACCCCAAGACCAAGAAUACAAGCACCAGCAAUGCCGCCGGCAAAGGGGACGACGGGUUCUUCGUCCAGGUGGCGUGUCCCGGCGCCGGCGCCGGCGCCCGCCCCAAGACGGCGAGCUCGGGCUCCUGCUGCAGCGGCCUCUCCGCCGAGGAGGCGGAGUCUCCCUACGUCAACUUCGGCCGCCGGGGUCUCCGGUGCGGGAUGACCCACGAGUGGGCCGACCCGGGCGCCUCGGUGGACGGCUCCUGCGGGUCCAGCGACGUCAUCUCGGACGGCUUCGCCGACCUGCCGGGCACGGCGAGCUCUCCCCCUCCCUCUCCCGGACGCAAGGAGCAGAUUGGUCAACAAGAGGGGGAGGCUUCUUGGGUCGAUCAACAAGAAGCAGAGGAGGAGGACUCUGGUGCCUGCGACAGGUCUGAUAUCUCCGAGGAGCUGGGUCCAAAAUACGAAUGCAACAUGUCUAAAGAUUGUGGCAGCGUCUCUUCAGUGGAGUCCUCAAUGGAUGACAUAUCCAGUGCAUUUGGUGGGAUGAAUUUCCAGGAUGCAGGUGCUGAUGCCGCGGCAACCAGCCAGGGAACCAAGCUGACCAUGUCCAGGAGAAGGACGCCCAGAGGCGGGGAGCGAAUCCGGGCAUUCAACCCCAGGGCCCCCAACUUUCUUCCGGUGGCGCCUGAUCCGGAUGCUGAGAAGGUUGAUCUCAGGCAUCAGAUGACCGAUGAUCGCAAGAAUGCCGAGGAGUGGAUGGUCGAUUAUGCACUUCGGAGGACGGUGAACAAGUUGGCCCGUGCUCAGAAGAGGAAGGUGGAGAUGCUUGUCCAGGCCUUUGAGACUGUUCUGCCGCCAGUCCUGGGCGAGAACAAGUCCGACGACAAGAAAAGCUUUGCCUGCAACUGAUAGGUUUUAGAGUUUGGGGUUCAAGCUGGAGCAGAUGAUGGUAACUGGGGUUCUAACUUGGUGGUCACUGCAAUAUUUGUGCCAGAGACCUGCUCGGCGAGGGUAGAGAGCUGCUCACCAGCACCUGAGAAGAUCUUGUGCUCAUAGCGCAGUUGUACUCGAGAGCCGCUAGGGGCCUCGCUCACAGGGUCAGCUGUUCUUCAUAGUGUAGUGGCGUAGUGCAUGUGUACAUAGGUCUGCUGUGCUCAUGCUGAUAUUUUAGUGAUGAGAAAAUGGGACUUGCAAACUGGCAAGGAUAUUCAGAUGUAUUCCUUGCUUGGACAAAGAUCAAUAAAACUCUUAUUGACAGCA